GCGACAUUUCAUAGGCAGCUUUUCUUUGUGGCUGGUGGCGCAGUGAGACUAGACGGCAGAGCUCGCGGUUGGUGCGGUUAUUUUCCUCUCCACAUCAUUUGAUCGUUGAAAGCACCAGUGAGGAAAAAUGAGGGAGAUCGUUCACCUGCAAGCUGGCCAGUGUGGAAACCAAAUCGGUGCCAAGUUUUGGGAAGUUAUCAGCGACGAGCAUGGCAUUGAUCCAACUGGGAGUUACCAUGGUGACAGCGACCUCCAGCUGGACCGGAUCAAUGUGUACUAUAAUGAGGCAACAGGAGGAAAGUAUGUACCCCGUGCAGUCUUGGUGGACCUGGAACCUGGGACCAUGGACUCUGUGAGGUCUGGACCUUUUGGCCAGAUCUUCAGGCCAGAUAACUUUGUCUUUGGUCAGAGUGGUGCAGGGAACAACUGGGCUAAGGGCCACUAUACAGAGGGAGCGGAGCUCGUUGAUUCCGUCCUGGAUGUGGUGAGGAAGGAGGCGGAGAGCUGCGACUGCCUUCAGGGCUUCCAGCUCACCCACUCCUUGGGUGGGGGCACAGGUUCCGGCAUGGGCACGCUCCUCAUAAGUAAGAUCCGCGAAGAGUACCCCGACCGUAUCAUGAACACGUUCAGCGUGGUGCCUUCUCCCAAAGUGUCGGACACGGUAGUCGAACCCUACAACGCCACGCUCUCCGUGCACCAGCUGGUGGAGAACACGGACGAAACCUAUUGCAUCGACAACGAGGCUCUCUACGACAUCUGCUUCCGCACGCUCAAGCUCACUACGCCCACCUACGGAGACCUCAACCACCUGGUCUCUGCCACCAUGAGUGGAGUCACCACAUGCCUGCGCUUCCCUGGACAGCUCAACGCCGAUCUCCGCAAGCUGGCCGUCAACAUGGUGCCGUUCCCACGUCUGCACUUCUUCAUGCCCGGCUUCGCACCCCUCACCAGCAGGGGCAGCCAGCAGUACCGUGCCCUCACGGUCCCCGAACUCACCCAACAGAUGUUCGACGCCAAGAACAUGAUGGCGGCCUGCGACCCGCGGCAUGGCCGCUACCUGACCGUGGCCGCGGUCUUCCGUGGGCGGAUGUCCAUGAAGGAGGUGGACGAGCAGAUGCUGAAUGUGCAGAACAAGAACAGCAGCUACUUCGUCGAGUGGAUCCCGAACAACGUGAAGACGGCCGUGUGCGACAUCCCGCCGCGCGGUCUCAAGAUGGCCGCCACCUUCAUCGGCAACAGCACAGCUAUCCAGGAGCUGUUCAAGCGCAUCUCCGAGCAGUUCACCGCCAUGUUCCGCCGCAAGGCUUUCCUCCACUGGUACACGGGAGAAGGUAUGGAUGAGAUGGAGUUCACCGAGGCCGAGAGCAACAUGAACGACCUGGUGUCCGAGUACCAGCAGUAUCAGGACGCCACAGCCGAGGAGGAGGGCGAGUUCGAGGAGGAAGCUGAGGAAGAGCUGGCUUAAUUAACUUUCCGUUCCAACUUGCCUCUGAAUUCUGUCUUCUCCUCUUCAGAUAGUUUGUCACACUGUCACUGGCAACCUUCAGCUGUUACACUGUAUUAGUGUUCUAACACUAAAUAAAAUGUUUCAUACCAGUU